AAUAUAUUACACAAGCAGACUACUUUCAAUCUACUCUACCUGAGGAGGAAAACGCACCAAAAUGAAAUUAUAUGUAAUCAGAAAAUCAAAUUAUUGUAUAAUUUCCUAUUACCAGUUUGCCUUUCACUGGAUUCCCUGGACAGAAAUAAAUGCCUGUCUUAUAAAAGACUAUCUUUUGGUGUCAUCUUAUCAUAGUUUGUAUCCAAGUUCUAACGUUAAAUGAAUUUGUAGAGGAGACAGUGAUGAGUCGGCUGAAAGCUGUAUGGAACUGUCCUAAUUAGUUUUACACAUGGAAUUUGUUUUCCUCGCUCUUCCUGUCGGUUGUCGGCUUGUUUUUAUUGACCGUAAUGUGAAACCCAGCUUCCAACCACUUUACGUGGGAGUCAUCACAUCCACAUGUACUAGUGUGAGUGUGCAGGAAGUACAAGUGUCACGUUGACCGUACUAUUCAGAACCGCUUGUCAAACGACAACAGCACUAAAAUUUUGUAUUUAAGACAGCAGAAUAUUUCACAUUAUCUGUGACAUUUUAAUUAUAAAAAGGUAAUAGUGAUAGAAGUCUUAGACUGCAAGUUCUAACAUUUAUAUCGAUCCGAAGUACUUUUAUUUGAUCUUAAAGAACCGCAUGUUAUGAUUUUCAGAACAUUUCUACUGCAAUCAACUUUGAACCUAUUGAUUACCCGGUGUUCCAAGCUUUUACUAUAAUUAUAUUGUUGGCGUUACAGUGUCGUCUCUUUAUUUUUAAUUUGUUAUAUGUACUUAUAUUAUGUGUAUUUUUUCCCCUGUACGAUUUUUAUGAACUGUCAUUAACGUGUUGUGUUUUUACUAGUGAAGCAUCAUGCAAGUGCUUCGUUCGCCCCUGGUCGGAUGCACGUGCAGUUCACAUGUGUUAUUCGAGUAACGGGGGGCGGGGUUAAGAGUGACACGUCGGUGAAGAGGGAAUCCUGGAGGAAGCGACAGAAGCCGUCGGAGCUUAGUCAUUCAUAAAUGAGCUGCCGGUGUAGUCGGAUCGUUCUUUCAAGUUAACAAAGUUGUAUAACGAUUAACUGAUAACUGUGCGAUGCAGCAUGGCUGCACGAAGGAAAGAAGAAUCGAUGAAACAACGUUAUCAAGCGAAUGCACGUGAAAGGGAUCGGACUCAUAGGGUAAGGAAUGCAAACAGCUACAAGACUCAAGAAUUCCAAUCUUCACUGUGCAGUGUGAACACGGCUUUCAGCACCUUGAGAACUUUAAUACCGACGGAACCGGUGGAUAGAAAAUUGUCAAAAAUAGAGACUUUGAGAUUAGCCAGCAGUUACAUCAGCCAUUUGGGUGCCAUCCUCGUUGCAGGCCCCAUAGAUCAACCCUGUUCACGUAUCGGGAACAGUAUGUAUGGGACAGAUCAUUGGGCAGACUCGCAAAGACCACAAGUUUGCACUUUCUGUCUUUCCAUGCACAAAAAAUACAGUUUGAAUAUCGCUACGGAGGUAAUUUCGGAUUACCAAAUUUCGGAGAGAACUUUGUACGGUAUUCCUACGAGUACAACGACGUACUUCAAUGCAAAUAACGUCUAAAGCCUAGGCUGUGUAAAAUAAUUGACUGUACAUUCCCUGUAUAUACGCAUUUAUUGAGUUUAAUAAAAAUUUUAUUCGAACUAUUAA